AUGGAGGUGGAACAGCAUAUCCGAGAUGCAGUGGAUAAGAAGGCUAAGAUUCUACUCGGCGGAAAGCAUGGCAGUGGCCCAGCUAUGAGGUUUACGAUGGUUGUUGUCUCACCGAGUUCUGACAAGGCUGCGACAGGAAAUUCCUUUGAACCAACCAUUCUGACCGAUGCAAAUCAGAGCAUGAAGAUUGCUCACGAGGAGAUAUUUGGACGUGUCGCCGCGCUGUUCAGGUUUUUCAAUGAGGAUGAUGUGAUUGCAAGAAGCAACGACACCGAUGUUGGUCUAGCGUCCUAUAUCAUGACGAACGACUUAGCAAGAGCAUAUCGCGUGGCAGCACAACUGCCAGAUUAG